GUGAGCGCGACAGGGUCGCCAUCCGACCUCUGUGCACGCGCCCUGACCUGGGGCACUGGCCGGUGACAUUUGCAGUGAUCCGAGGAAGUGACCGCUGACCUGGGUCACUGGAGAACCGUAACCGCGGAGAGUGACCUGCCCGAGUGAUCAUUGAUUUACUACAUAGUGAUGCAUGUCUUCGCAAGAGGAAGAAACCGAUGACCUCCAGUUCUUUCUUCGAAUAGCGUCGCCUACACGAUGAUUCAAUGAUUGAUAAUUAUUUGUCAAUUGUAUUACAGAGUCUCAGAGAUCUCGUCACCACUCUGUCGACUGUUACGUGUGUUCGUGAGCAGUGAGCGAUUCGGAACAUCAAGUUUCUGAAACGGCACAAUCGGUACAUCGAGUUUCGGUACCGGAACAAUUGGAACAGCCAGCUUCGAAACCGGAACGAUCGGAACAUCAUGAACGAGUAGGUUCCUGCGGCCGUGAUGAGCCCGUGAAGUUGUGAGUCUUCCUAUUGUUAGACGUGACUCGUGAGUCGGAACCGUGAGUUUUCACCAACUGAGGCUGUGAGUGGAGUUUGCUCCGACCGUAACCGUGAAUGUGCUCUUAUGGUAACCGUGAGACGGCACUAACCGUGAGUGUGCUUCAAUCAGAGCCGUGAGUGUGCUCCGACGAUAACCGUUUGGCGUCGCUAGCCGUGAGAGUGCCCCACCCGUGAGCGUUCUCCGUUCGUGAGUGUGCUCCGUCCGUGGAUCUCUCCCUCGGUGUAUCCGUGAACACUCGCCGCCAUGUUCCGGCUAAAGCGUCAGCAGCAGGCGCCCGUGCUGCCGCUGCCGGUGCGCCGCCUCUGGACGGUGGGGGCCUCCGGCUCGGUGUCUCUGUCCUCCUACAUCCUGGUCGGCUACUGCAUCAACCAGGUGGCCGGCGCCGGCACCCUGGUCUCCGUCAUCAUCGCCAGCAUAAUGGCGGCCAUCACAGGCGUGGCCUACGUAGAGCUAACACAGAGGACUCGAGUCACCGGCUCGCCAUACAGCUUCUGCUACACCUACCUGGGAGAGCUGCCUGCCUUCUUCGUCGGGUGGGCGGUCGUCGGAGAGUGCACAGUCGGGACUGCUGUGAUGGGGAAGGCCAUCACUUAUUACUCCGACUUUCUGACUGACGGACGUCUGAACACCUCACUAUACAACUGCUGCCAACUGGCCGGCGAGGUAGACAUACGACUCUGGAACUUCUUCGACCCCAUCGCCAUGUCUGCGGUCAUCAUAGUAGGAGUCGUAUGCGCAAUCAACAGCAGCGUAGCGUGCAAGAUCAACCAGGGUCUGCUGCUGGUCAACUUCGUCACCGUCGUCGUCACCAUCAUCUUCAACAGCACCGAGGGAUCCACCGACAGCUGGAACCCACCCGGAGGGAAUGGCAGCAUUUUCUUCCCAGAAGAUUUCGGGGCGUUGGGUGUUUUUCGAGCCAGCGCUAUCUACAUGCACGUUUUCCUCACCUUGGCUACAACGGCUACAUUGGCUACGCAGCACCGCGGGGCCAAACACUCGUCAGCCAUCAGUAUGGUGGUGACCACCCUCGUUGCCAUCAUCGCCAUCUCGAAGACGGUCAGCGUCAGUCUGCUGGAGCCCUACGACAAGCUGAAGCCCUUCACUCCAGUGGCCUCGUACAUGAAGAAUGUAACCGAGCACAACUAUCAGUGGGUGGCCAACGUCAACUGUCUCGGCGCCAUCGUCGCCUCUACAGCCGGCAUCCUCAGCAUGCUGGUGCUCUCGGCCAACACGCUGGAACAGAUGGUCUCUGACGGUCUGCUGUGGUCCAAACUGGCCGCACGCCGACCGGCCAUCUCACCGGCUACAACCACGCUCAUCACCACCGUCGUGGCAGCUAUCGGGGCGGCGCUGCAGGACUACGAGGGGCUCAUCCUGAGCCUCUCCUCGGGCACAUUCCUAGUGUUCCAGGCACUCCUGAUCGCUGUCAUGGUCUCCAGAUCUCAUGAAAGCAAAGAGACGGCACUUCUGAUAGUGUUGAAAUUUACAUGGCUGCUUUACUUUUUCGUCUCUCCGGCGCUGGUGAUGGUGACCAGACACCUGGGUGAGAAGGUGGCCCAGUCGGCUGUGCAGGGCCUGCUCUCCGGCCUGGUGAUGCUCUUUUUGCAGCUGGCCAUCAACUGGAAGCAUCUCGGGGUCAAGGUUGUGGUGGUGCAGGUUGGCACCAGCGUCGUCAUGGGUUUCUCCAGCUUUCUGAUGUACCAGCUGGACGACUUUGCUUGGUACCGCCUGUUCAUCUGGACUUUCAUAGGUUUGCUGAUUUACACACUGUACGGCUACCGCAAGUCGCACUUGGGACGAGGCAUCGUCGACCUGGUCGUAGUGCCCGAGGACGACUGUGUCCGGAGUCUGGAGGAAGGUCUCGACAACGCCGGCUUUCAGGACGAACUGGCAGAGUUCGGCAUCGGCUGGCGACGGCGAACGCACCGCAGCAUCGGCGGACACAGCUACGCCAGCGCGCGCUCACGCCACAAGGAGAGCUUCCACAGCGCACGUGAGGAGGACUUGCGUCGCCAGAGCUUCCGCAGCGUCAGAGAUGACGAUGAGCGCAAAGCGAGCUUCAAAAGCUUCUCUGAGAGCUACCGAAGCAGCCGCCAGCCGUCGCUGGUUGCGUACAGUAUCAGCAGCGGUGAGCCGAGUGCCGGCCCUCGGGGAGAUCAGCCGGAUGGAAGGCGUGCCUCACGCGGUCCUCGCCAUCCGGGAGGCGCCAGGGACAGCUUCAGGAGUGUCCAGUCAUACACCAGCAAAGCCAGCUUCCGGAGCGUGAGGAGUGACGACGGAUGGAGGAGCUCGAUUGGCGGCGCUUCAAGUGGCCGGCGCAGCCGACUCGCCUCUGACAGCUGGAGGUCCGCCUCCUCAGGAGAUUCGCGUCGGUCCAGCAGCAGACGGCGACGACGCGUUUCGCCACCCAGACAUGCUACAAAGCCAGACGCGCGUGCUGUUCCGGCGGAGCGUUCCGGCAGCCCGGUCACGUCCCGUAAAGCCACCGCGGCAGACCUCACUCGCACGCCCCCGCCAACGCGACGCACCGCCACAGCCGAACGCGCGCGCACACCACCGCCCACACCCAGCGGUCGAGGCCAGGUGGAGAUCCUGAUCAAUCCACGACGACUCUGCGAAGAGAUGUACCCUACGUCCGCUGCCCCUCCUAGAACCAGCACUGCGCCUGCUGAUCUCUUUCUUAGUGGGGAAUCCCAUGACGAUGGCGGCAACCCGCGGGAAGCCGCAGACAGCAUAUCUCCGAUAAAUCACACCAAAGACGGUAUUGAAAAACGUCACGAAAGUCGUGUCGGCGACAUGGAAUACACAUCCUCAGAUUCAACAUCCUCGGAGUCUGACAACGACGCUGAGCGCCUGAGGUACUCGGAAGCUGACAUUGACGCCGCUUCGAUUACGUCGAACUGUGGCAGCAAACGGCCCUCCUCAUCUGGCAGUAGCAGCGACCGGGCUAGGGCAUCACUGCCGGCCCCGAACCCCGGCGCAUCGACCAUCCAGAGGCUGCCUGACCUGGGACUGGGCGACCUAGCGCCCGUCCCUCGAGGAAAACGCUCACUGUCGAUGUCCGACAUUUCGUACGACGAUGAGUCUGAUUCUGCGCCAGCCAUGAGGUCAGAUCGCCGACGAGGACAGCCCAAAGUAAAGCAGGUCCCAGCAAUUACGACGAAAGAAGAGCAAUAUAUCAGCGGACGCAGCUCGGAAAGUUCUGAUGAGGUUCCUCGCAUUCACAGUGAUCCAAUGGGUGCAAACCAUGCUGCCGCCCGAGGACAGACUUCGCCAAAAAUCAAAGCAGCCUUAACUUCAGACCUAAACUUAUCUCCUAAACUAACCGGCGAUUCCCACAACAGCCAGGUGAAACGGACUAAACCACACUUAGAGAGGUACACUAGCUCUGCCAGCUCCAGCACCGAAGACGACGAUGAGCAGCGGCGUUCAGCUCCGGUGCCCAGCUUGCUUUAUGGCCAACCGCGUAAGUCAUCGGACCAUGCGAUCCAGGCUGUCAGUGCUCCCACAUACAGAGAUGCUAUACUACUAGAUCUGGAAGGACAAGUACGUGAUAGUCGCUUCCCCGAGGAACAUCAUUCCCCGACACUUAGUGGUGGUCGUAAAUCAGAAGCAAAGCUUCCCGAUCUACCUGCGAUUGGAAAGGGCCUUACAAAAUCAGACACGAGCUCAAGCACUGGCAGUGUAUCAUCCGAAGACAUCAAAGACGAUGGUAUAAUGGACAGUCAAGUAGGUAAUAACUCUCCUAGCAGCCACGGGACGGAUGAAGGCACAUCAUCUGAGGAAAACGAGGCGGACGACGUGGCACCUAGAUCGGACCUCGGCAGACGUUCGUCGUAUACUGCGACUGGUGAUGAAGCCGGUUACCGCUCCGGAGAGGAAAGCUCCGAGUUCGAGGAAGAAGAGGUGCAAUUGAGUCACUCAGACCCUUCGGUGGGCUCAAAUUCACAGAGUUCGCAGGCCGAGUUACAUGACCAGGGACAGUCAAGCGCCAAGUCCUCUAUAAACGCCUCGGAGAGAGGUUUGGAUACCUCGAGUGAUUCUGAGGUUGAUUCCCGGCCCGCGAGGCCCGUUUCAGUGGCGGCUGCGCUGGCUGACGGUCCCCCCAGCCCGAGUCCUGAGGAUCAACAGGACAUGCGGCCGGUGGUGCGACGUCAGAUGCGGCUGCCGCACGUCCCGGCCGAGGCGCGCUGGCUGGCUCGCACCCCAACACCGCCGGGGCUGCUCUCAGCGCUCGGAGUCAGUGAUGGACCGCGAUUGGCACUGGAACGGAGCUCCAGCUUGCCCAGCCUCUCCAGCAGCACUGGCGACGACGGAAGCCGCAGCGAACGGGACUCACCCCCGCCUCAGCAGCGAUCGGGAUUAGACAGUGGCGGAAGUCAUGGCGGGCUGGGGCCGAAGAGGGCACAAAGUCUGCCUGAUGUGAGCGACAGCGGCAGCGACGACUCGAGAGCGCCGGGGUCGGAACUCGAUCACGACAGUAGCAGCGACGAUGAACAGGUGGCGGUACCUCACGGACGAGCGCAGCCGCCGCCGGCGCGUCAGCGAAGCUCGAGUUCUGGCAGCGAUGGGACAUCCAGCGAUGGGGGUUCGCCAGUGCCACUACGCCGCCGCCCUCCACUUGACACGCGGCCAUCCCCUGACCGCACCGUGUCCCUCAAGGAGGCGCCGCCGCCGCCGCGCAAUCCUGCAGCGCGUCUGGGCAGUCUGCCACCGCUGAACCCCGAAUACCGCGCAAUCUAUCGACCGGCCGAACAGACAAGCCUCCCUCAGGGCGCCGGCAGGUAGCGGCCGGCCGUUCAGCGCGCGCGCGAGACCUUCGUGCACGCCGAUAGCGACGACGAGCGCGCGCAGAGUUUCGUGGCGCCUCCGCUCCAGAACCCACCGGCGUUGGACGGGCUGCAGGUGCACCCGGAGUUGGACCGACUGAUCCGGCGACUGGGCGGAGCUGGCGCAACCCGGCCGACCGUCGCGUCUCCAGUGGCCCUGGCCGGAGCCGCGGCGGGGACAGGGGCCGCAGCCACUCCCGCCGCCUCUCUGACCCGACAGCCGCAGCCGACCGGUCAGGAAGACAGUCCUGACCUCAUAUAUUGCUGAGAAAAGGGUCAGUUAGCAUGUCUUGGAGGGAUCCUGCGCAUGCUUGAUCGUGACUCGGGACCAAUAGGGCAUAAUUGUGUAUCUUAGCGCGGAUGAUGUGCAUUGUAAGUGUAUUUUAGCGAGGUCCGAGGAUGCUGUGCAUUGUAAGUGCGUUUGAAGUAUGCUAAGUGUGAAUUAGCCAUAUCGUCUGCUCCAUAUCUUCCGUAGUCCGUAUGCCUCGUUCUACUCGCCCCUUGCCGUAUGUUAUUUGACCUCCGAUGACGAUGAGAGUAGGUAUGUUAUUUUAAUAAGUCUUGCACGGUGACGUGCUGUUUUCUGUGCGUUUUCCCGUAAAGAAUAAUUAGCGACUGUGCCAUUAUGACGGAUACUUAUAAGCACAAGCGUUAAACACUGCUUUUUAUGGAGAGGCUGGUUGUGGAGUCGGGACAAGUGCGGUCAUUUACUGCCAAGUUGAUAAUUAAAGGGACACUCCCACCUUAACAUUAGUUUUGAGUUGAGAUAGCCAAAUUGGUGGCCAUGGGCUGCAAAUACCGGUUUGGGCACUCACAACAUCGAAAAAUGCUUUAAUUCGAAGAUAUGGAAUUUCAAACUUGCAGUUUUCUGAUUCUAAGGGGCUAAUGCAUUGGAAUGCCCCCUUAGAAUUUGUGACGUCAGCGGAGAUCUAACGAUUUUUAAAUCUUAGACUAAAACCAUCGUUAACACGUGGUGGUAUACGCUGCUUUGCGCGCAACGUCUGCCGCACUUUAAGGCUGCCAAAUUAUUGCUUCCAAAUAAAGUCGCUAGUAACAGGGGAGAUCCCAAAAAGUAAACAAAAGUAAAAGCCUAAUAUCUUGAAAACCAGUGAAUAUUUUUCGGUGAAAUUUGGUAGAUAUUCGUUUUCGCUCUUUCUGAACCAAGGGACAUCACUUUCAUGCCAAUUCAUUAACUUUUUUGAAGGUGGGAGGGUCCCUUUAACUUGGAAUGUGCAAGGUCGGGUGUAAAAUCUUUUUUUUACCAUCACAACGGCGCCAGCGAAAACUCAUGGGACCAUUUAACUGGGACAUGACUCGUAUCCAUAUGCAUUAUGUGUCUUACAUCGAUUUAAGAAGUGAUUAAUGAUGAUUCUCGUCGAUGCGUAUGUGGACACUCACAACUCCUGGCUGCCACGGUUACAAUCAAGCGGUUAUUCUGAGUGAUUAUGUUUCCGUGCAUUACAAGGUGAUCAAAUAAAUACAAAC